AGGAAGGCUGGUGCAAGGAAUGGGUAACCCAAAACUGCAGCAGACACGCCUGCUUCAGUCUACGCAACGUCGCCAGUAUGCAGCAUGGACCCGUUGAAGACCACACUCUUCAAACAGAUCGAGGCUCGUGCGCCUACGCAACUGCUGGCCGUGACAUGGGUGGACCCACCAUAAUUUCUCGCCGGUCUACCGGGCCACUGUGCUUUACCGCAUGGUACCACCAGUCCGGUAAGGUGCACCACGCCGCAGAAUUCUUGGCGAAAGGCGCCGAUGGCAUGCGCCGUGAGUUUUACACAACCCAGCGCGAGAUGGCCGGGCGCUGGCAGCGGGUGAAGUACUCGGAGAAGCGGAAUGGUUCCAUCGAGAUACAGAUUUACUACUUCGUCAGGGACUCUUUUGAAGAAGCUACUUUUGCCGUUGAUGACCUGACAUUGGAGAGCGGAGAGUGCCCGCAAGAACCAACGGACGGCUCCUGUAACUUCGACUGGGGCGACACAUGCGGCUAUGAUCUUGGAAGCGGAAACAAUAAAUGGAAACUUGAAGGAAGCCCACGGGAGAGCUUCUUCCGUCCGGACUAUUCAACAGGCAGUUAUCACGGUGGUGUCGUGUACCUCGGUCUCAGAAAUAAUUUUGCGAUAGCUGUCUUGACUUCUCCAAAGCUGCCUGGACGUCCUGCAGUUCGAUGCCUUCAGUUUCAGUACUACAUUGCCUGGACUGAGGCAACCCCCGAAAAGGCGUACAGCAUUACAGCUUCCACCACUGGCAGCUUAGCUGCGCGUAAACGUCUCUGGUACCAACCUCCUCAGGCAUUGGUUAGGGGCGCCUGGACCACUGUAGACGUGACCUUCAAACAAGAAAAUGAUUUCAAGAUCGAAUUCCAAUGCGCCUUACGGUCGGAGCAGUUCAUUGCUAGACCCUUCUGCGCGAUCGACGCCAUCACACUUCAAGACUGCACUGGAACGAGAGAUUUGCAGAACCGGCACUGCAACUUCGAAGAUGGCUGGUGUACAUGGAAAAAUAUCAACAAACCAGGAAACAACAGAUUAUCCUGGAUUCUCGGUGGGGGAAACGUGAAGACUACUCUACUGAGACCACGUCGGGACCAUACGUUCGCAAACAAUUCAGGUUCAUACGUAUUCGUGAGCAACCACGACAUAACAAGCGGUGACUCAGCCGGGCUUAUCGGAGAGAGCCUUCCUCAAAACAACAAGAUAUGGCAGUGUGUCGUGUUUUGGUACAUCAUAUCGGGGCACAAUGAUACGAACCUUAAGGUUCUAUACCAGAAAAGGGCACCGCAAAAACAACUUUAUGUGGCCCUGUGGAAUCAACAAGGCGAUGACCCUGACACUUGGCAGCAAGGUCGCGUUGCAGCCCCACAUAACAUAAGGAUAAUAUUUUUAGGAACUGUUGGGCCAGCGUCAAGACCAGCUUACAUUGCGCUCGAUGACAUCACCAUCGAGGAAACAAACGUCUGCGACACUUUACCAAAAGGAGCCGAAGCUUUAUCUGCUGCCGAGCUCCUCACCUGCAGCUUUCAAUAUAAUCAACUCUGUCACUGGACCACCAGCGGCGUUUCCUCAAGAACGUGGAGGUUCGGGCCACCACUCGCAUCCAACCUUGGCCCUGAGAAGCGAUCGUCUGAAACGAACGGUGGUAUGCUCCACGUGACGGGAGCUACGCUCGCCCGCAACGGCCGCUUGUCUCGACUCUCGUCCACAACGCUUGGGCAUCAGCCAAAACUUCUGUGCCUUUCGGCGUGGUACCAUAUGUUCGGUGGCCGUGGCCUGAUCUUGCGAUUGAGGGCUCGCAAGUCGGUCGCCGCAGCUGGCUUCGUCUGGCUGAGUUCACCUCUCUUCUACCAGUAUGACCGCACCACCGCUGACCGUUGGUACGAGGUGCGCCGUACGGUGAACAUGAAUGGCGCCCAUAACCAGUUGAUUUUUGACGUGACCAUGCUACGAAGAGCGAGGAACGACUCUGUCGUAACGCUCGGGCCUGUAGAAGCUCGGCCUGGUGCAUGUGACGUGCUGACGGAUGGUGAAGGCUACUGCGAUUUCGAAUUCGACCAAUGUGGGUGGCAAUCAAAGAGCGGAUGGAGGCGACAACUCAAGGCGACCUCAUUCUCCGAUCCUGUGACAGGCUCGAUAUCAGGACCAGAAAAUUCUGAGUACGUCCUUACGGCCACCCGAGCAUCUUCAUCCGCAUCCGGUGCCAUAGUGACUAGUCCAGUAUGGCAAGGAAACAGCGAGCCUCAAUGCUUCGAAUUCUGGUACCUUCCCGCUGCCGGAAGCGGAGUUCAACUGCAGGUUGAAGUGAUUACGAACAACAAAAGUGAUGUGCUGUGGAAGAAGAAGCUGAAACAAUUCGGAAAUGAUUGGAUGCUGGGGCGCGUGGAGAUCGUACAGGCGAAUGCAUUCAAGGUUGGGGUACGAGCCAUGUUCUCAGAAGGGAAAGCGAAAUCAGUCAGCAUCGAUGACGUGGUACUGAGACCGCAGCCCUGCGCCCACCCUGCCGAGUGCGACUUCGCAGAUGACCUCUGCGGAUACGUCAGCCACUAUACAGGGGAAUUUCGCUGGCUUGUCGGGUCUGGUCGGCUGGAAAGACCCAACAGUCACGUGGGAAAACCUUUAACAGGAGAUGGCUCUGAUUCCUUCGCCUACCUGGACUUGACAACCGCAACCUCGGAGAAAGGCACCGCUGGCAAGGCGAACUCCUCGAAGACCGCGAUUUUGCUGAGCCCAAUUUUUAACACCGAUGACAAUGAGACCGCUAUAUCAAUCGACUACUUCAGACACGGAUCAGAUAUUGCGACGGUGAAUCUCACCAUUUUCUGCUACGAGAAUGACACAUCAGCCAAGAGUGAAGUGCAGCACUCUCUCCAGUUAGCAGAAGUGGAGGAGUGGACGAAUUUGGACGUGAAGCUUAUGCAGGGCACAAGCUGCCAGGUCGUCGUGCAUGUGACCCGUGGAGGUGGUACCAAUGGAACGAUCGCCAUACGAAAAAUCGAAGUCACGAGGUUUUCGCCAGACAAGUGCAUCAGCGUCCUGCCACAGGCCAGCUCUUACUUGCACGGAAUUACAGAAUUCAGCGUGUAA